UUCUCGGAAUCGAGGAAGCGAAGUUUGAGACGAAUUUCACAACAUUGACAUUGCAAACCAGUUUUCCAUAGAUUCUACAUGACUAUAAAAUAAGUUUGAACUAACCUGCGAUAUAUCUGAGUGGACAAUCAGAUUCAAUCAAAUGACUUGUUGUGACGCGACGCGAGUGAUUUUAACUUCUACUAGAUUUUGUUUGUCGAGCGAGUCGAGCAGUCAGUCGGCGGACCGGACCGACCCCGUUGGAUCAUACAGUGCAUCGCAUGCAUGCAUGCAUGCCACAGCCAACAGCCACAACCAGGUUUAACAAUAUCCUGUUCCACUAAAGAAAAGGAGAGGAUUGAGGCAGAUUCAUCAUGUCUCUUAUUACGAAGCUCCAGCAGCUCCAGGGUCCAGACCUGGAGAAUCUUCAGCUGCUCUACAAGGCUCUGGAGUUCCCUGUGGAGGCUAGAUUCUACUGUGCAAUCUGGAUAGAGGCACAAGAGUGGAAUACCAUCGACAUUGAUAACCCAUUAUGCGAGGGUAGAGCUAUUGAUCUACUGAGAGAGAUGAUCAAACAGGUUCAAGCAAAGAUCGAAGAGCUUUCUGAUGAAGAUAUGUUCCCAAUUAGACUCAAGCUCAACAACUUUACACAUGAAUUAAAUAAUCGUUUUAGUAAUAAUCCUUUUGGAUUUGUCAGACUUAUUUGCCAUUGCCUAGAGAGUGAAGAGAGACUGGUCCAAAAUUCAAUGCAAAACACACCUGUGCAAGCACCACCAUGCAACAAAGAUAUUACAGAAAGCAUUACCAACAUACGAAUGAUGACACAGAAAACAGAAGAAGAUUUUGGAAAUCUGAAACAGAAGCAGGAAAUGUUUGUCUUUCAGUACCAGGAAAAUUUACGCUUUCAGACUCGUUUGAAUCAGCUUGCCUCGGCUCUACCAGAGAGUGAUCCUAACAGGAGAGCAGAGGAAAUUACCAUACGUAAGAGAAAAACUGAAUUAGAGCAAACGCUACAGACAGCAGCGCAAGAACUACUCCGAUUAAGAAUGGAUCUGGCGGAGAAACACAGAACCACAUUGUACAGCUUGAAGAUUCUGCAGAGCAGAGUUCUUGACGAUGAACUGAUCCGCUGGAAGAGACAGCAACAGCUGGCUGGUAUAGGUGGACCUCCAGAGGGCUCCCUUGAUCAACAGCAGUGCUGGUGUGAGGCACUGGCUGAGCUGGUUUGGCUUAACAGGCAACAAGUGAAGAAAGUAGAGCUACUCAGACAACAGCUGCCAAUUCCCGUACCUCCUGGCCAAGAUCUUCUACCAGAGCUCAAUGGCUCCUUCAUGGCCCAACUAUCAACACUUGUUACCAGUACAUUCAUCAUUGAGAAGCAACCCCCUCAGGUUUUGAAGAAAGAGACAAGAUUUUCAGCCUCUGUCAGGUUGUUAGUUGGUGGCAAGCUCAAUGUUCACAUGAAUCCUCCUCAAGUUAAAGCAACCAUCAUCAGUGAAUCUCAAGCCAAGGCUGUACUGGCCAGUGAAACAUCAAAUUGGGAGGAAACAAGUGGAGACAUCUUAAACAACUGUGGUGUAAUGGAGUAUCACAGAGAAACGGGGGUGCUCAAUGUCACUUUCAGAAAUAUGUCAUUGAAGAGAAUCCGUAGAGCAGAUCGAAGGGGAUCUGAGUUUGUGACAGAGGAGAAGUUCACAAUCCUAUUUCAAUCCCAGUUUUCUGUGGCAAGUGGUGAACUUGUCUUCCAAGUUAGAACCAUGUCACUCCCAGUUGUUGUCGUUUCCCAUGGCAACCAGGAAUGUAAUGCUCUUGCCACUAUUCUCUGGGAUAACGCAUUUGGUGAAUCAGGACGAAUCCCAUUUGUGGUGCCAGAUGGUGUUCCCUUCAUAGACAUGGGACAAGCUCUCAACUCCAAGUUUAUGUUGGCUAAUGGGCGUAGCCUGAGCCAGGAAAACCUACUCUAUCUAGCACAGAAAGCUUUCAGUCACCACAAUGUUGGCCAAACAGAGGACUUUUCUAAUGUCUUUAUCACAUGGAGUAUCUUCAACAGGGAUCCUCUGCCAAACCGUACCUUCACUUUUUGGCGCUGGUUCCAUGGUGUUCUAGAGCUAACCCGGAAGCACUUGAGAGCACCCUGGAAUGAUGGAUCCAUCAUGGGCUUUGUGUCUCGUAGCAGGGCUCAUGACCUACUCAUGUCUCAACAAGUAGGCAGCUUCUUGCUGCGAUUCAGUGACUCUGAAAUCGGAGGCAUUACCAUAGCUUGGCUGGCAGAAGAUGCCAACACAGGAGAGCGUCAGGUGUACAACCUACAGCCGUUCACUGGGGAUGAUUUCAACAUCCGUUCUCUGUCUGAUCGCAUCCAUGACUUGAGCCAUUUGACACAUCUCUACCCAGAGAAACCAAAGGACUCAGCUUUUGGACAGUAUUACACCAAUGAGCCAGAGGCACCUUCACAGGGUGAUGGUGGCUAUGUACCAACAUCUCUGGUCAGUCAUAUCCCUCACAUGCCUGGAUACAGGGAAGAUGCACCGAACGCACCAUCUUCUCUGGCCAGUCACAUCCCUCACACACCUGGGGGAUCAAGCAAUCCUCGUGGCCACGAGAUGGGUAACCGUGAACCAUUGUCACCCCCCUCUCAGAACCAAUUAGCUGCCACCGCAAUGGAGGCAAAACAUGAUGAAGUCCCCAGGACGAUUUGCAAAUCCUCGAAGACUACGACGACGGACCCCAAGCCGAUCUCAUGGAGGAUAUUUUUCGGUGGAGCGCAGAAACGUUCAGGCCUGGAGAGUGAAGGUGGAACUGGAAUAGAUUGAGAGAAGGAGAUCCUAGGACCAGAGAUUAAAUCACAGACUUUUGAGACUUUGAAUUUAUUUCAAGUAUAUUUGAAUGGACAUAAAUUGUAAAAUUGUACUUCAGCUCUCGAUCAUGAUAAUUUCCAAGACCAGUGAAAUUCCAAUGUAAUGUAAUUACUUUGGUACAUGUACAUUAAUCAUUGAAAUCAUUUUUGUUUAAGCAAAACCCGCUUGCUCUUGUUUUAUCUAAGCAAGGAAAUCAUCCAUUCAUUCCCUCCAAACACACUUAGUCAGAAAAGGGGGAAAACCUGAAAAAGGUCACUGAGGGGGCCCUGUUUAAUGUUCAAAUGUGAAAACAUUCUAGAGGAUUACCAAAUCUCUUCAGAGCAUGCACAUCCACAAUAACAUGCAUGUAAACCAUAUUUCAUUUCUGAUUGAAAAUCUUUAGCGUUAUUAGUUAACAAUAAUGAAUCACAACUCUGUCGGGUGUCAUAAUUAAUACAUAUUUGCGAAAUAUAUUAACAUGCCUAAAUGAACUAUUAAGCGUCUAUUGUUACAUUCUGUCAUAAUUAUCUAAUAACGAUGUGAAUGAAAUAAAUCUUGUAUGAUUAUCACUGUAUAAUAAUAUUCAAAUCAAUACUUACCACUGUAUGUGAGUUUUCUCCAACUAAAAUAAAUGGAUAAUCAUGCAAACUUAUGUCAUGUUCGACAUCUGAAGAUUAGCAAACACCGGCUAAAAGAAGCAUCACAGCUUCCCUUGCUGGUGAAAUAUAUUGACAGAACAUUACUUUAUCAAAUCUGGAAACAUUAUUCCCUAUACCAGCCUGCUCAAAGCCUUGCCCGACCUAAUGCUUUGGGUGGGGGUCAUGACCUUCACCUCUUAUUCCCUUUUAAAUCCCUAAACACUAUUACUUUUGAUUAUUGUUAAAUCACUAUCAAUUGUAAACAUUAGUAUUUUAAAGCUAAAACAUGUUCAAACCAUUUGCAUCAUUUGCAUGCGUUGCUGCGGUCAGGCAGUCACAAAUAAAUUACCAGCAGAAAUGUGUGUGUGUACCCUGGUAUUUACCUAUCAGACAUGCGAUACACCUGGUUUAACUAUCU